ACCAACUCUCGCGAUAGCUGCCUUGGCUGAGAUCUCGGGAGCGGAGCAGAGGAAGUUGACAUGUCAACAAAGAUGAUGAAUUAUCAGCGCACAGGCAUGUAAAGGGUGUGCUGGUGCGGAAUGGCCUGACGGGGAACUUCACCUGGACCUAAACCUUCUCCUGCUUCACAUUCACCUUCCGUCUCCAUGACGACCCCUCCGCUAGUAUCACCUUUUGGCGCGCAGCCGCCGCCGCAGCAGCAACAAGCACAAGCAGCGCGUGAUGUCAACACGGCCUCGCUGUGUCGCAUUGGCCAGGAGACGGUCCAGGACAUUGUCCUCAGGACGAUGGAGAUCUUCCAGCUCCUCAGGAACAUGCAGCUGCCUAAUGGAGUCACGUACCACCCGAAUACCCACCAGGACAGGCUGGGGAAACUCCAGGAGCACCUACGCAUGCUCUCCGUGCUGUUCCGGAAGCUGCGUCUAGUCUACGACAAAUGCAAUGAGAACUGCGCCGGACUGGACUCGAUACCACCCGAGCAACUUAUACCCUUUGUGGAAGAUGACAGCUCCAAACACGAGGACCGCUCAGCUGGCCAGAGCCGCCCCGCCACCGAGGAGAGGAGAGAAAUCCUGGAGGUCAACAAGAAGCUGAAGCAGAAGAAUCAGCAGCUAAAGCAGAUCAUGGACCAACUCCGCAACCUCAUCUGGGAGAUCAACGCCAUGCUGGCUGUCAGGAGCUGAGACUCACACACACAAUCACACACAAUCACAAUCACACACUCACAAUCACACACGGUUGAAAACUGGACGAGUGACAGGGUAAAGCGGAGAUGGGCUGAGGCUGCACUUUACAGAGGAAAUGAAGAUAUCGGCCUGUUUGCUGAAGAAAAGGACAUGAAACAAUAAAGUGUAAAAGAAGAGGAGACACAUGAAGACGACCCCCCCGGGUCACGUUAGCGACGGCAGAAAAUGUUCUGUCUACCUCGAUAUCGUACAUUCAAAUCGGCAUUAUGAAAUAAUCUGAAGUUCUGCUAUAUUGUGUUUUCUCUACUUGUAGGUACUAGCAGCUGAAUAGAGACAUAUUGGUAUUAUUUAAUCCUCACGUGCUGUAACACUUCAUAGCAUUAGAUUUAUCUGAAGUUCUACGUUUUUGAAAAGUUUCUAAACAAUUUUAAGAAAGAGGUUUGUUGUGGCAAAAAAGUUUUAUUCUAAUUUUAUUGAUCAGAUGAUUUUUGUUUUGAUGUGAAACGAUUGUCUCUCUGAUUGAAUUGGACAUGUUUGAAUUAUAAUGCAGUUUAAAGGAUUCUGCUGAACAACA